AUUUUUACUUCUUAAAUCCCCCGCAAAAAUCGAAAGUAAGGAGUAGGGACUGCGGAACUUAAUAUUGAGCCUUCAAUAUAAAUUGAUACGCCGACUAGGGUUACAUAGUUGUGAAGGAAGGAGGAAGAGCGGCAGUGCACCUCGGAGUCAUGGUUCUCAAGACUGAGCUCUGUCGUUUCAGUGGUGCCAAGAUAUAUCCUGGGAAGGGUAUCAGAUUUGUUCGUGCUGAUUCACAGGUUUUCCUGUUUUCAAAUUCAAAAUGUAAAAGAUACUUCCACAACAAGCUGAAACCUGCCAAGCUCACAUGGACGGCAAUAUAUAGGAAGCAGCACAAGAAGGAUUUAGCACAAGAAGCUGUUAAGAAGAGGAGACGUGCCAACAAGAAGCCAUACUCAAGAUCAAUAGUUGGUGCUACACUAGAGGUCAUCCAGAAGAAGAGAAGUGAGAAACCAGAAGUCCGAGAUGCUGCUCGGGAAGCUGCACUCCGAGAAAUUAAGGAAAGGAUCAAGAAGACUAAAGAUGAGAAGAGAGCUAAGAAGGCUGAGGUGGUAGCAAAGUCACAGAAGUCUGGGAAGGGUAAUCUUUCCAAGGGAAGUGCUAUGCCAAAAGGCCCCAAGUUGGGUGGUGGUGGUGGAAAGCGCUAAGCAUUGCUGUUUUCCCCCUUCACAUCUUAUUAUCCUUGCACAACUUAAAGCAUUAGCUUGUACUAUUUCUGAGUCUCUAAGGCUCAUUUUCUGAGUCUUUAAGGUUCAUCAUUUCAUUCCAGUCUGCUGAAAUUUUGUUUCCCAACUUUGAUUGUGAAGACCUUUAUCCUUUGUGUUUUUAUAACUCUGUACUAUUGACUAAGCUAUGGAUUUUAUUUUAUGAUAUUGUGGCCUUGUCGGUGUCGAAGUUUUCCAAAUGAUCCCACG